AUGCCGCCGCCCGCAUCGACGAGCGCCCGCGCAAAGCAGCUCAUAGCCGAUGCUCAGGACCUCUUCAGCGCGAUGCCGUCGCACAAAAUCUUUGACCGCUCCUGGUCGCCGCACGCCAUCUUCGAGGAUCCCAUUUGCUACGCGACGGGUGCUCGACAGUACAAGGCCCAGUGGUGGGGCAUGCCGGCGGCGUUCAGCAAGUCGGAGCUGCUCGCCUGGCACGUCGUCAAGGACGAGCCCAACGAGGUUCAAUAUGUUCAGAGGCAGAGGUAUCAUGUCAAGGGCAUCGGCACCCAAAAGGAGAUGCUCUCGACUGUCGUCAUGAAGCUCGACAGCCAGGGCAAGAUCAUUCACUUCGAGGACCGCUGGAACCACCAACCCAUGCCCAGCUCAUUAUUUUACGUGAGUCUGUGA